ACUAGUUUUUUUCCCCCAGCAUCUGUGUAAAAUAAUGAGGAUCACCAUCAUUCUGGCUAUGCUAAUGGGAGUAACUGGGAGCCCCAAUGGGACAAUCAGCCCUCAAGCUGCCUCAACGGACACAAUGGCUCAUCCCAACUGUAUACCCGAGGCGGCAGAUAAAACUGAAAAGAUAGAAGUACCAACAGAGAAUGUGAUGGCAACUGGUGAGCUGAACCCAAAUCACUACCCUGCUCGGAGGGCAGCUCAAGUCGUCCAGCACUACCUCAACACCCGCUAUGGUUCACCUUUCAGGCUGAUAGGAGUACAGAAGGUUCACAGUGCAAACGCAGAGGAUGUGGCAGACUCUGGAAGAAAGUAUCAGCUGGAGCUCUCAGUGAAAGAGACCAUAAGCAAUACUACAGAGAAUUGCUCUGCAGAGCUUUUCUUUCCAAGGGGAGUGGAGCAACACUCACCCAAAGUCCAGGCCUCAUGUGAGGCGCUCCUUAAAAUCGACACUAAAGCUCAAGAAGAGGCCCUAUACCAAGAGUACAAGAGGAACCAAAGCCUGGUGUCAGCACAGAACUUACCUGACAGCCAUGGUCGCAUUGCGCCUGACAUGGAGCCUUUUUGGCAGCUGGGCAUUCUGGCCUCCUCCUUCAUCAUGCUGAAUGAGUCCAAUGAAAACACUCUGUACAACGUGGCUCAGGUGGCCAACAUCACACAGCUGGCAACUGAGGAUGAUCAGCUGAAGUUCGACUGUCACACACUGCUGCAUGACAUGGUGUCGCAGGAAAUCAUUCACUGGAAGCUGCUGUUCACCUGGUCUCCUGCAGAGGGGGUUAAAGUGCUGCAGAUGGAGAAGCUGCCUCACCGCCAUGAACAGGAAGAACCUCCAAACACUAACUAAACUGCGGGCAUUCAUCACACAGCCAAAACCACAUGUUCUUGCUCACAUCUUACGGUCAAAUAUUGGAGCAUAAAUGUUUUUAUGAUGAAACUGCAAGCACUAGGCCAAAAUUUAAACCUGGAAUUUCCACUUAAACUUUUAUUAAACUUUCAUUUAUAUGUAAA